UUAAAAUCAUCUUGUAUAUCACCAGUAGAGUGUUUAGCACACACCCUGGAAAACAGUAACAUGAAAAUUUCUUGCCAUGGAAAUAAGGGAUGAGGUUUGGAGUAGGGAAAAGUUAAGAUAACGUCUCAUGACUCUCCUUCCUACCAGAUGUGUGCACUGCACGAAUAAAAAGAAAAAGUAUUUGUUUACUUUACAUUGCUUUCUGAAAGAAAAAUAAAACCCUUUUUAAAAUACUGUAAUCAAAUGAAUUUUGUAGUCAAGGACUAUCCAAAGCCCUGAGGGGGACCCAUCGCUAGUCUGUGUGAUACAAUAAAUCCACCAAAUGAAACAUUUCAUUGAAAUAUGCAGUUUUUAUGAAGAAACAAGCACCCCCUAGAACCAAAGACUGAUCCUGCUGAGGCUUUAGACAUGUGGUAUAUGUGUGUGCACCUCUGUAGGUCUAAUUUUCUUUCUUUCUAUAGAGUCAAGUGACCUAGUCGCAUUUGGUUGAGUUUCAACCACAAAACAUCACUGUGUGCUUUUUUUUUUUUUUUUUUUUUUUUUUUUUCAAGAUACACGUCACAACACACCAAGAAAGGGGGAACUUCCAGUGUCUGUGGUAACAUCACUUGAUAAACAGACUCGUUUGAACGGCAAGGGCCUGUUAGCCGUCACUAUAUAAAGCAGCAGAGCCGUGGACUAGCAGAUACUUGCCUUCUGAGGACCAUGCGAGCAGCAGCCAUCUCCACGCCAAGGUUAGACAAAAUGCCAGGCGUGUUCCUCUCUGCUAAUCCAAAGGAACUGAAAGGAACUGAUCAUUCGCUUCUAGACGACAAAACGCAAAAAAGGAGGCCAAAGACUUUUGGAAUGGAUGUGAAAGCAUACCUGAGAUCUAUGAUCCCCCAUCUGGAAUCUGGAAUGAAACCUUCCAAGUCCAAGGACCUACUCUCUGCUGAGGAAGUGAAGCAGUGGUCUGAAUCUCUGGAAAAACUUCUUGCCAACCAAACUGGUCAAGACGUCUUUGGGAAUUUCCUGAAGUCUGAGUUCAGUGAGGAGAAUAUUGAAUUCUGGCUGGCUUGUGAAGACUAUAAAAAAACAGAGUCUGAUCUUUUGCAUCGCAAAGCGGAGAAAAUCUAUAAAGCAUUUGUGCAGUCAGAUGCUGCCAAACAAAUCAAUAUUGACUUUCACACUCGAGAAUCUACAGCCAAGAAGAUUAAAGCACCAACACCCACGUGUUUUGAUGAAGCCCAAAAAAUCAUAUAUACUCUUAUGGAAAAGGACUCCUAUCCCAGGUUCCUCAAAUCAAAUAUAUACUUAAAUCUUCUGAAUGACCUUCAGGCUAAUAGUCUAAAGUGACUGGUGCCGGCUGGAGGGAAUUAAAGAUGGUAUCAAGUACAGAAGGAAUGUACCAGGAUGGCUCCCUGGGGGAACACCUUGGCCUUUUUGGAUGAUUCACAGAUCCACGGGAAGAACCCAUGACUCAGGACAGAUUAACAUGGAAGUUAUCCAGGCUCAGGGCUGAAGAAGCGUGAGAUGAAAAUUUAGCGAUGGUAGAAGGAAGGAGAUACUGUGGUACUGUCAUAAAAUACUGUGGACCUACGUAUUAGAACAUCCCUCAGAACUGAGAAGGCCGGGUAAUGCUUGCUACGCAGAGACUGUGAAUAAGGGUUUUGAAACUGGUGAAACAUGCUAUAAGCUUCAAGGUCAACUGACAUUUAUGCUGCAUAUUGUUAUACAGAGGUUGUAUUGAGCUGCUGAAAUCUCUUUUACUUGGAUGACUAUUUGAGAAGUAUGUGUUUCAAAAUCACCAUUUCUGUUAUUGACACAGUUUUUCAGUGUUGGUUUGUUUGUUUGAGUGUUUUGGGAUUGAAAGAGAUGAGGAGAACAAUGUAUUUAACUUAAGCUAUUGCCUUAAAGUUGGGAAGUCAGAAUAUAUGUGUAAAUUAAAUUAUCACAGUGUCAAUACUAAAUGUGAGUUUUGUCUUAAAAACAAAGAAGCAAUUUCUGUUUGCAUUUCCCUGCCAUCUUUAAAAACUGGCAUUUAUUGUUCAGAUUUAACAAAAAUGUAAGCAAGGGUCUUCUACUUUCUAUCACCUCUUCAGCAUCUGAAACUAUCAUCCACUUAAUCUUACAUUUUAUGUAUUAUGUGUAUGUAUUAGACAAAAUUCAUUAGUUUUCUCUCUGCUAUCACAAUGUAUAAAGAUCAAACAGAAUAUGCUCUCAUGUAGUCAAGCUUCAAACUGAUGAGAAAUUGAAGAAGUCUUUUAAAGAGGGAUAGAAAUUUUAUUUCAAGAAGUCAUCUAAUUAACAACUCAUAAUUUAUUGUGAUUUAAAGUUUAUAAAAGCCAGAUGUAUUUUCUCAUUUAAUGUUCAUAGCAAUCCUAUGAAAAGCUGAGACUAGCAGGAUUAAAUCACUACUUCCCAAAUUUAGCUAUCAAAACUACCUAGAAAGUUAAACAAAAUACCAAUUUGGGGGCCCUAUCCCAGACUGACUGAAUCAGAAGCCCCAAGGGACAGAGUAUGAGAAUCCAUAUUUUAAGAGUAAAUUCCAGGCGAUUCAAGAUGGCCUGGUUAUCCAGGGGUGGAAAUCCUGGGGUUCAGAGACAGUCCCACUGCCAGGGGUUACACAUGCAUUUUCUCUCCGCGCCAUCUGUGCCGCCUCCACUGUGCAACACUGCCCCCCAAUGACCAGAAGACAUUUCCUAAACCCUCAAGUCCUAGGCGUUACCUAAGCAGGAACGUAAGACUGCUCUGGAGGAUCAUCUACAGAAGGGUAAUCGAGACGGUGCAUAGUCCAGCAUAGCCUAUACAGCUGUAUCUUCCCGUGCUCCCGUGUCCCAUAUAUUACGGAAUAGUCAGCCACCGCAGGGUAAUA